GAUUUCAAGCUAUUUCAACAUCCCUCCCACUUCUCUGUUUGGAACAGUGCCCAAAGUGCCUGUCUCCAUCUCUCACCCCAACCCCCACAACCACCAGCACCCCCUUAGCCCCUCCUUCUUCUCUAUUAAGAUCAAUAUUCCUGCAGCUCAGGGGCAAGCAGCAGAUGGGUCACUGGCUUUUUUCAACCAGCUCUUUUCACAAGCAGCAGAUUGCAGAUUUGGAUCUGGCUAAUAUUUGAUUUUUUUUCUCCCCACUGUUUUUUCUUUCCUCUUUUCACCCUGACCCUUUUCUCCAAUACUCAGGUAUUUGAGGUUCCACUAAAAUAUGGAACUUGAUUUUGGACAUUUUGACGAAAGAGAUAAGGCAUCCAGGAACAUGCGAGGCUCACGGAUGAAUGGGCUGCCUAGCCCCACUCACAGCGCCCAUUGUAGCUUCUACCGAACCAGAACCUUGCAGGCACUGAGCAAUGAGAAGAAAGCCAAGAAGGUACGUUUCUACCGCAAUGGGGACCGCUACUUCAAGGGGAUUGUGUACGCUGUGUCCUCUGACCGUUUCCGCAGCUUUGAUGCAUUGCUGGCUGACCUGACUCGGUCUCUGUCUGACAACAUCAACCUGCCUCAGGGAGUGCGUUACAUUUACACCAUUGAUGGAUCCAGGAAAAUUGGAAGCAUGGAUGAACUUGAGGAAGGGGAAAGCUAUGUUUGUUCCUCAGACAACUUCUUUAAAAAGGUGGAGUACACCAAGAAUGUCAAUCCCAACUGGUCUGUCAAUGUGAAGACAUCUGCCAACAUGAAAGCCCCCCAAUCCCUGGCUAGCAGCAACAGUGCCCAGGCCAGGGAGAACAAAGACUUUGUGCGCCCCAAGUUGGUGACCAUCAUCCGAAGUGGGGUGAAACCUCGGAAGGCUGUGCGUGUGCUUCUGAACAAGAAAACAGCCCACUCUUUUGAGCAAGUCCUCACUGAUAUCACUGAAGCCAUCAAACUAGAGACUGGGGUUGUCAAAAAACUCUACACUCUGGAUGGAAAACAGGUAACUUGUCUCCAUGAUUUCUUUGGUGAUGACGAUGUAUUUAUUGCCUGUGGUCCUGAAAAAUUUCGCUAUGCUCAGGAUGACUUUUCUCUGGAUGAAAAUGAAUGCCGAGUCAUGAAAGGAAACCCUUCAGCCACAGCUGGUCCAAAGGCAUCCCCAACACCUCAGAAGAGUUCAGCUAAGAGCCCUGGCCCCAUGCGCCGGAGCAAGUCUCCAGCUGACUCAGGUAACGACCAAGACGCAAAUGGAACCUCCAGCAGCCAGCUCUCUACCCCCAAGUCUAAGCAGUCUCCCAUCUCUACACCUACCAGUCCUGGCAGCCUCCGGAAGCACAAGGACCUGUACCUGCCUCUGUCUUUGGAUGACUCAGACUCACUUGGUGAUUCUAUGUGAAGGAGGAGAGCGUGUUCAGAGUCCAGAGUACAAAUCCAAGAUUACUGUCACAAUAGGGUACUUCUGCUCAAGUGUCCAACAGGGCUAUUGGUGCUUUCAAGUUUUUAUUUUUGUUGUUGUUGUUAUUUUUUAAAACAUACUGUAUUAUGUUGGGUUUAUUUUUCUGUGAUUUCUCCUCUGGGCCACUGAUCUAUAGUUACCAAUUAUAAGAGAUAGAUUGAUAACCAUCAUUUGGGGUAACUUUCCUGGGAUUCAAAAUGUGCUAGUCCAUGACCUUUAUAUUGAACACUUAGGCACCUGCAUUAUUUUCUCCUGUCUCACUUUGCUUAUACAUGACAGUUUUCCUUUCAUAGAGGGAUGUUUACAUGCAUAACACUUAAAAUGUGUGUGUGUGGGGAAAAAUCAUUGGCAAAUCCAAGAGUGACAAACACAAAAUCACUAAUACCCCUUGUCUCUUAAUCUCAAGAAUGCUAUAAAAUCCUGGGAGGAUGGCAAGGCAGCUCCCCAGUCUUGUUCUUUACUCCUAAUUGAACACCCUGUUUGUUGUCUAACACAAGUUCUGGUUGUCAAUGGGGAGAAACACCAGCAACUUAUAAUUCUGACACCAGACACCUAGAACUAUGACACAGGAAUGGCUAAACCAGACUAGGCAGAAAUGGGGAAACACUAUAGACAUCUAAGUAGAGUUUAUAAAGUGCAGUGAUUUUUUUUGUCAAUUGCUCCACUGGGGCAAUUUAGAAUCAAUAAGCAAUUAAUUAGAGUUGGGGGUGAGGGAUUUCAUAUACCUGGUUCCUCUAAGAGGCUGUCCAACAUAGCAAGUUAUUACACAAACUGAAUGGUAUCCAUCUAUCUCUGUUCUAUUGAAUGCCUUGUAAACAGCCAACACUGAAAAAACUGUGAGAAUUUGUUUUCAGGUCUGACACAUUUUGGUCGCUUUUUAUAGCAAGAAACCAAUAUCCUUUUUAUAAAACCUCAUAUCUAUAUUUCAGGAGCAAACUCUUCAGGCUCCUUUUUUAUAAACUGGUGAUUUUUCUUUUGUCUAAAAAACACAUGCAGAAAAUUUACCAAAAAAAUGCAGAGCAACGUAGUUUAGGAAUUAUGCUGUUACUGGCAAACAGAAACCUUCAGGAGAAAACAAAAUAAAUAGCAGAGGCCAAUUCAAUAGAAUCAGUCUUUUGACAACUUUUAAACAGUUAUGCUUACAUUAAUAAUUUCAAUGUGGACCAGACAUUCUAAUUAUAUUUUAAAUGAAAUGUUAUGGCAUAUUUUAAGCAACUCUUUUUUAUCUAUAACCCUAAUAUUUCAUACUGAAGACAUAGAAAAUUUUCUUUUGCCUUUAACACUAGAAAGGAUUUUGCUUUGCUAAGGACUGAAUAUUUGAAAUAAUUCUUAGUCUUUGAAGUACAGAUUUAUAACACUGCUUUUUGUCUGUAAUCAUAGCCCAUAAUGGCAAAGACAACUAAAUUUAAGUGAAAGCCAUGCAUGCCAAUUCUGUGUUUGCUUUUAGCAGAUAUGAAGAUUUUUAAAAAUUUCUUUGUAAUUGUGCAGAUAGUUGGAAAGGUGCAGUGUUCGGAGCCAAGUGGCUGCUUGGCUAUGGAAUGACUUGCAGUUGUUCCUCCACUUUAACAGGAAUGAGCUUGGUGUGUGUGUGUGUGUGUGUGUGUGUGUGUGUGUGUGUGUGCGCGCACACACACACAUGCGCGCAACCACUUCACAAUUAGGAGAUACAACAGGAUACCCCAACAUGGAUCAGUGGCAAAUUGGUGGCAUUGCUGAUGAGAACUGUGUAGAAGAGAAUUCAGUGGUGCAAGGAAUAGUUCAGAUGCCCCUAGACAAGUUUCAAAUGGUGUUAACUAUGUGAAAUAUUUUUGGUUCGAGAAGAGUCCAGAUGAUGAUAGUAUGAUUCCUGAUUAAAUUGGUCAUUGAAGAACCCCAAAUUAUGAAAAUCUAUUUUUGCACCUGUCCUCCAUUUGUAGGCUUGUUAGAACCCCUUAAGAAGCCCGUGUUGCUGACCCCCUUCUUCUUUCUAUAAGUUCAAGGUUUGGAUAGUUUAUCUCAGAACAAUUUGUGGUUAAAUAGAAAAAAUGGUACUUGGGAUGGAGGUGGUGGUGUGUACAGUGGUAGGCAAUCUGUUUUUAAACUUCAGGCCAGACCUCCAAAGAUUCUUCCCUUUCUCUAGAUCUCAUUUAGUCCAAUUCCUUCAAUCUAAGAUGAAACGGAGUUUGAGGCAGCUAAAUGACUUGCUGGAAAAAGCAGGACCAGAAGAGGAAUUGAGAUUUCCUUAUGUCCAUGCCCUAUGCUAGCUCUCUGAGCAUUUCUUUGCUUGUAGAGCAUAUGUACCAUUAAAAAUACUAAAUGGCAUAUUUUCAUUACAAUAAUCUUUAAACCAACAAUCGUCUAUAAUAAUAGUAGAUUUUCCAUCUUUCUUGUAAUAAAUUAUAGGGAAAUGUUUCUGUACUCCCACUCCAGAGGGAUUUGGUGUAGUUCAAAAUUCAAUCCUUCAAUAAUUGCAUUUUAUUUUUAAUUUAUCAUUAUUGUUGAAAGUAUUACAGAUGUUCCCUUUUUUA